AUGGCCAUUCGCAAGCAGAGUCAACCACAAAAAGCUCGCACCCAAGAGGAUCCUCCGGACAAGUAUCCGCCGCCGGAGGCACCGUCGGCGCCAAGAAGGAAAGGAACUGUAAAGGAGAUAUUAGCAAUGCGUGAGCGAGGAUAUGAUAGGAAUAAUCCUGCACAACCGAUAGUCACCACAUCCUCGCCACAAGAGAUGCAAAGCCCUCUAAAUAAGCCAAAUCAAAGGAUAAAAAGUCUAGGAGCUUUCCAGCAGGAGGUAGAGAAGCAGGGGCGUAAACAGAAUAUCCCACAAAGAAGAAAAUCGUCAUUAGGAAAGAAACCUGCUACAUCCACGGAAUCUGAGGACGAAUAUGACGCGGGAAUGGAAAGGAUGCGAUUGCAACAAAACAGGUUGUUCAAGGAGAAGAAGCAAGUAAAAGCCCGGGCAGAUGCUUCCACAAGUAAAGGAGCGGCUUCUGUUACUACCAAAGACAUGGCGCAAAAAAAAGCGACUACGGUAGAUAAUAAGCGCAUUCAUUCUCCCGAAUUCCCAGAUCACUCAGCACCUUCUUUAAAGUCACAGAGCGAUGAACCUAAAACCCCUCUACCCAAGGCACCGAAGCGGAUACGACUGGAAGAUUACAGUCGUACAAGAGAGUCAGGACAUAUACCUUUAAGGCGCGGAGCGGCUGAUAGGUGGGGAGAGGCUUUCCAGCAACCAGAACAUGAUAUCGCAGGAAGUCUGUUUGGGGAGGAACACGGAGCACAUAUUACUUUGGAAGAGGAGGCGUCUGAAACAAGCACUGCCAGAAGAAAGCUUCUAGAAGGGAAGUACGCACAAAGUAAUGUGGGUUUAGAACAAUCAAAGCCUGAUCUAGCGAGGGGCUUCGACAUAGGGCUUAAAGUUCAGAACCCACGCCCAAACCACAAAGUGGCCGCUGAGCCCAGAAAAAGAGAAGCUAUUGUCAAAAUGUUCAGGGACGACGUCCAAAAACAAGCAGAAAUAUCGAAAGCGGAUCGACGACAAAAGGGCCUGGAUGCUCUGUAUGAUAAUCUGUUGGCAAAGGCUAUACCGAUGAUAAGGGGUUUUGAGGUCGUGCUCGAUGUGGCUUACACGGAGGAGACCUGGUGUAGACAGCUGGCUGAGCGUAUCGAGCGGACCGUGGACAACGAUGGAAGGACUGAGCACAAUGCAUAUGUAAAGAAGUGUCGCUCGAUUCUGUUCAACCUCAAAAAAAAUGAAACUCUUUUUGCACUUCUGAUUGCUGGGAGCGUCACUCCCGAACAUCUAGCCAAAAUGAGCUCCGAGCAGAUGAUCUCAGAAGAAGAGAGGGAGUGGAGACAAAAUGAGCGGGAGAAAGCAACAGCCAAAUGCACAAUUGCUCAGCAGACGCAGGAACCCCAUAUUCGUAAAACGCAUAAGGGUGAGGAACUAGUGGAAGAUAUUCAUCAAAGGUCAUCCCGAGAGCCGAUAAGCGAUAGCCUGUUCUCCUCUCCUGAACUUAGGCCUCUGAAUGUGGAUGAAAAUAAAACUACACUGGAAAACGAAUUUUGCCUUUCAAAGGUUCAUGCUCAGAUACCUCUGAUACCGCAUCCGAUACAAGCAACUUCCACUAGCAAACAAGGAGCUAAAAAUAUGGAAACUCCCUCGCAGGGAAAAUCAGGCUCUUCGCAGCGAGACAUCACUAGACCUCAUGGGCAUGGACCUUUUGACACAGAUAGAGGUGGGAAUGAGCCGGAGGCCCCUGGUAGCACCUAUACAGGGAUAAAUAUCACUGAUCAGACUUCGAUGGAUGGAUAUCAGUGUAAACGACACUGUUAUCCCCCGUACGCACACCGCGAAGACAUCUUUGAGAGCCAGACAUGCGCCACUCCACCAUACUCUCCGCCAUUUACCCUACCAUACUCCCCCACAGAUACCGUUGUUGGGGCUCAAGAAUCUAUGGAUAAUACCGCAGGAGAAGAGGCAUUAAUUCAGGACCAGGAAGAAUGCUCUGGAGACGAAUGGUGGUCACAGCGACCCUAUCCCUUUAUUGAUUUAACAUCCGAUGACGAUAUUGAGAUAACUGGGUCCAGAAUGUUGAUAAAUUCCAGUACUCCCGUUCAGAUCUCUCGUCCCCAUGGAGGGGAAGAGUUACAGGCUAACUGUACUACCUUUUGUUCAAAUCAAUCUGCAAGAGAGCUUUCGCCUGCAUCUUUUGAGAUUGGGGAUUAUGCAAUCUUGGAUUUCGAACCUGAUGAGGAAAACAAUAUGAUAUGGGAUUCUAGUCCUACGACUGGACAUAAUCCGUCGACUGACAGGCAACACAACCAAGAACCUCCAAAUAUGGAUAAUAGGCAUAAUUAUAAUGAUAGACUUGAUGCUAGCAUCAGACGCGGCCACGAUGAGCAGGUUCAAGAGUAUGGAGUUCUAUCUGAAGGCUAUGAAUACCACGUCCAGCAGUCUGGAAAUCAGAAUCCAGUUGAUCUACAAGCACGCCACCACAUGCCUUCCCAAGACUACGACAACAGACACAGAGAGUCAUCGUCGCAUUAUCAAUAUUACACGGCCCAGGUCCAAGUAAAUACCGGCGAAUAUGGGAAUGCCCCAAAUUCAACUGGUUUCCCCGCUGCUCGUGGCAUUCAGGGUUCGGUACAAGACUCUGACGUGGAUUCUCAACAUUUUCGUCGCGCUGGACUCCAGGCUCACCAGCAGCUUAAUCGAACAGAGCUCUACGAGCGAGAUGGUAUUCAAUAUGGCUCUUCCAGUUUUUAUCCACAUGGGCGCUCUUCAAAUAUGGUCGGUACCCAGCCUAAUCUCAACCCUGCGCUCGAUCCACAAACAAGGCCCGAUUAUUAUAACCCCGCUGUGCGCAUCGAGCUUGCACCAUCCGGCACUAGACCCAAACCACAAAAUAGUUAUCCGUCUUCAUUCAGGGGCUAUGAGCCCCGACGCGAUUUCGACUAUCGUUAA